GGUGAGACUGGAUGGAAGUUCAAUACAUGACAAUUUCCUGCCUGUGCGUGGAGAGCAGGUUGACCAGCCAGCACUACUGCUUUACUUAUUAGCUCUCUUUCGCUGAUUUGAGUCAUCAUCCUCAUGAUCAUGAUGGCAUGGCACUGGCACUGAAAUCAUGGCGUCUUAAGACAAUACCAUCCUUCGAGCCAUCCUAUAGAUCUAUAACAACAUGAACUAUCAGAGUGUGGCGGAUCAGCUCCUCAGUUCCGGAUUGCUUUUGACCGCCUUGGAACUUCAUGUGGAAUUGGCUGAACGUGGCAAAGAGUUGACCUCGUUGAAGAAGUUCUUCGAGAACCCGAGCAACUUUGAGAAAUACACGCGAAAGUUCAGUGUUCCACCCUCACCCUGUCCCAGUCAGGCCUCAAUUGAAGGCUUCAAACAUCGGCGAGGCUCUCAGGCCACUUUGGAUUCCACGUCUCUGUUCGAACUGACCCGAUUCUCGGAGGAUUCCCGGGCUCAAACCGAGGAUCGUUUGGCUGUCCUGGAGUUUGAAUUGCGCAAAGCUCGCGAGACGAUCCAUUCGUUGCGCAGUCAGUUGACCGAUCAAGCCGCCAAGCUCCAGGACAGUUUCCAUCCCCAAGCUGAUGUGCCAGGGGGUGGCGAGUCAGCCAAGUUGUCGCUGAUCAGUGAUCUGGUGGAGGACCCCGAGGACGAUGAGAUACCGGCCAUUCGUAGUCACGAGCGACGGACCAUCAACUAUUUAGUCAACGAAUAUCUGCUCCAACAAGGUUGCAAAUUGACCUCCAUUACGUUCAGUGACGAGAAUUCCGAGGAGGAUUUCGAGGAUUGGGAUUCCGUCGGACUGAACGUGGCCAAGCCGCCCAGUUUGUUGCGAUUAUUUCGGGAUUUUGGCCAACAUGUUGUCCCGGAGAAAGAUCAGACGGAGCAAUCCUGUCAAACCGACGAGCCUUGGAUUGAUAAUGCUGAAAUCUCCAGACUGGAAGGUCAAAAUCAGGCAUUGGAAACUGAGUGUCAAGUGCUUCGUGUAGCCCGAGAUGAGUUGAGUGAAAAAUUAUCCGAUCAUCAAAAGCUGCAAGAUCAAAGUGAAAUGAAAAUCAAGAAGCUGCAACUGGAUCAUCAGUGUCUGGAGGAAUUGAUCGAGACUUUGAAGGCCAAUCGCUCUUCUGAACCUUCUGGAAAUGCGAAUGAAGAAGACCAGCCUUCCAGCGUGGCGAUUGAAGAUAUGGACGUCGAUUUAAGUCCCAGAUUCCCGAUAUCAGUUGCAUUAUUUCAACUGCUCAGCCAUCGAUGUCACAUUCGAAAUCAGCCCUCGUCCCAAGAGACCUUGACCAAAAUGAGCGAGGCUGAUGCCUUGGACACUGUCUUGCAACUCUUGGCCACGAGUCUGCCUAAUAUCGUUCCCAAUGUGAUCUUGGCCAAACGGGAUGAGCUCAUCCCGUUGCUUCUGAUCACGAUUCAAAUGCACCCCGAGUCCAAAAUCCGGGAUCACUUUCUCAACCUUCUGUUCAACUUGAUCAAACGACCCGAGGCUCCACAAAGAGAGAUGAUCAUUCAUGGAUUCCAAGCCAUGGCUCAAAAAUCCGGACCUGCCCGGAUCGAAUCCGAGCUCUUGCCACAAUGUUGGGAACAAAUCGGCCAUAAGUACGAGGAGCGACGAAUUCUGGUGGCCGAGACUUGUGGCCAAUUGAUGCCGUUCAUUCCGGCCAAUCUGAGAGUUUCAUUGCUCUUGUCAAUGUUGCAACAAAUGGCCUUGGAAGAUCGAGAGGUCCAGGUUCGAUGCUCGGCUAUUCGAAGUCUGGCCUUUCUCGUGAUAUAUCUAGAUUCGGACGAGAAGUUCGACUCGUUGUGGCAAUUGACCUCGACACUGUUGAAAGAAACGCACUUGGAAGUAAUCCAUGUGACCCAUGAGACCCUCUUGCCCGCCAUGGCCCAUUUGGGAACCGCUCUGAAUCUCUUACAUUCCGCGAUUGCUCGUGAAAGCAUCCACCUUUUGAUCAAGCACACAGACUUGGCCGAGGAUUGGUCCUCGUACCAAGCCAUUCAUAUUCAAUUGACUACUUUGUCCGUCCUUUUGCCUUUUGUGAUACAUUCUGUGAUAUCGAGUGCUCCGAAACUACAAAAAGAGAAACGACAAGAUCAUUCCAUUGAUCCAGUCCAGCCUAAGGACUUGUGUGUGUCCAACACUUUACAAGUAUUUUACCAAGACGAAACCUCCAUGGCCAGUGUGAUCCAGGCUUUCCAGGAUCUGGUGGGCUGUGAAUGGUACGAGCGGUGGUCAGAAAUGAAUUGGUUCCUAGAUGCCUUCCUCACUCCGUUCUUUCAAGCAUUGGCCAAGAUUCCCGUGCCUUCCGAAAGUCACGACUUCGAAGAUGCCAUUCUAAAGCCCGCCAUCGAGUUCGUGAGUCAAUUAAUCGAGAGUUUUGGCCGUGACUUUGGAUUGAUGAGCCUCUUGCCGCUCAUUGAACGGCAGCAAGAACAAAAUCCACCCCAUCACAUGGAUAAUGUGCUCAAAGCCGUGAUUGCCGUGGCCAUUUUGAGGCCCUGCCAAAGUCAGGAAGUGUUUGUGGCCACCCUCAAACAAUGGUUAAUCUUGCAUCUCCAAGAAAGUCAUCCCACCAAUUCCAUACUUUUCGCCAUCAAGUCGACACUCAAUGAGUCGCGAAACUUUGGGGUUUCAAUCGCUGAAAUGGCCUGGACAUUGGUCACCGAUCAAGAUCGUGCCCUUCGAAACUUUUCGGGGAGAAUUUUCGAGGCCCUGGUGGUUGAGGUCAUCGAGGAUGAUGAUUUGAUCGGCAAUCGAAUCCUGCCCGGAUUGGUGACUCUGUCCUCGGACCCCGAUGAGCUUAUCCGAAUAUCGGCCUUACCCGGCCUUGGAGUGAUUAUGGCCGGUAGUAUGGAUGCCUUGCGAGAAAAAGCGGCCUUCCAAUUUCUGGUCUCUCUCGAAGAGGGCGAGAGUGCGAUCGUGUUCUUGGCGGUUUUGGCAGUCCUCGGGCACGUUUGGAAAGACUUGCCCAUGAAAAUGAGGGAGGAAACCAUUCUCUAUAGAGUGGCUCACAUUUUCUCCAAAUUCUGUUCCCUUGAUCAAGAUGCGGGCAGCUUAUCCAGGGUCAGUGAUAUUUGUCUGAGUCUCCUGCAGCUCUACGAGAUCGUCUCGGAUCAAACGCUCUCGGCCAAUUCGGUGCACCAGAUCUUGCUCCCCAACCUGGAUUUGCUCUCAAAAUGCAUGGAGUCAGUGGUGCCGACUGCUCAAGAUCGGGUCCAUGCCAUCGAGGCUAAACUGGAAAGUAUCUAUGGCGUGGGUCAUGCUAAUCAGAAUGGAGAAAGCCGGCUUCCAACAGGCUCCAAUGCAGCCACCAAAAUGGUCCAAUCCCCGUCAUUGGACGAGAUGAAGCACAAAAUGGGGAAACUAUUUAAUAAACCCGGAGGACCCGUGCCAUUCUGGAAAAAGUCGUGAAAAAAAGUGAUUUUGUCUUUUCUUGUGAGAAUGAAAAUGAUGUGUGAAUAUAUAGCAAUAGCAAUACAUUGAAUACAUAUCUAAUUCCCAUA